AUGAAUGACGAUUUGAUUGAUUAUGAGGAGGAAGAUGAUGUUACCCAUUCUGAACUUGUUCAGCCAGAACAAUCUAUUGACAAUGGUCAGGAAGAAAACGACGAUAAAAAAGAUACAAAGGGAAGUUAUGUUGGUAUUCACUCUACUGGAUUCAGAGAUUUUUUAUUGAAACCAGAACUUUUACGUGCUAUUGUUGACUGUGGUUUUGAACAUCCAAGUGAAGUUCAGCAAGAAUGUAUCCCUCAAUCAAUUUUGGGAAUGGACGUGUUGUGUCAAGCUAAAUCUGGUAUGGGAAAAACAGCAGUAUUUGUUCUUGCAACACUUCAACAAGCGGAUCCUACACCAGGAGAAGUGUCUGUUGUUGUGCUUUGUCACACUCGUGAAUUAGCAUUUCAGAUCAGAAGCGAAUAUACUAGAUUUAGCAGAUAUAUGCCAGAAAUCAAAACUGAUGUUUUCUACGGAGGUAUUCCGAUUAGAGAAGAUUAUAAAAAAUUAUCAAGUAAAGAUACUAUUCCACAUAUCCUAGUAGGAACACCUGGAAGAGUGUUGGCAUUGGUCAACGAUGGACAUCUUAAAGCCGGCAGUGUUAAACAUUUUGUACUCGAUGAAUGUGAUAAAAUGUUGGAUCAAUUAGAUGUUCAAGCAAUCUUUCGUAAAACACCACAUAGUAAACAAGUAAUGAUGUUUAGUGCUACUUUAAGUAAAGAAAUUCGACCGAUAUGUAAAAAAUUCAUGCAAAAUCCAUUAGAGAUUUAUGUUGAUGAUGAGGCUAAACUUACAUUACAUGGUCUACAACAGUAUUACAUCAAGUUGACUGAAGGUUCAAAGAAUCGCCAGUUAAACGAUUUAUUAGACACGCUUGAAUUUAAUCAAGUGUGUAUUUUUGUCAAAUCUAUUCAACGAGCGAAUGAAUUAAAUAGGAUUGCCAGAUAUAAAUCAUUUAAGGAUUUUCAAAAAAGAAUAAUGGUCGCCACAGAUGUUUUUGGACGAGGAAUUGACAUUGAACGUGUUAAUAUAGUCGUUAAUUAUGAUAUGCCUGAUGGUCCUGAUAGUUAUUUGCAUAGAGUUGGUCGUGCAGGACGGUUUGGUACUAAGGGAAUUGCAAUCACUUUUGUAGCCGAUCAAGACGACGCAGACAUUUUAUUCAAAGUACAGGAAAGGUUUGAAGUAAACAUUACUGAAAUGCCAGCCGAAGUCGAAGUAAACGAUUACAGUAAGUUUUAG